ACAGCGAGCUAGCCAGUUGUUUUGGGAGAAGAAGAAAAGGGUUACAAGCGGAAGAAACACCGGAUUUGGUUUCCGAUAGUGCUCCGUUUAUGGUCCUGCUUUAGUUUUUUUUAAUUAUAUUUUGAACAAUGUCGACCCCGGCGAGGAGACGGCUUAUGAGAGAUUUUAAAAGACUUCAAGAAGAUCCUCCCACCGGUGUGAGUGGAGCACCAUCAGAGAACAACAUCAUGCUUUGGAACGCAGUUAUUUUUGGGCCUGUUGGAACACCAUUUGAAGAUGGAACAUUUAAGCUGCUGAUAGAGUUUUCAGAGGAGUACCCAAACAAGCCUCCCACAGUUCGGUUUGUCUCCAGAAUGUUUCACCCAAAUGUUUACGCAGAUGGCAGUAUAUGUUUAGACAUCCUUCAGAACCGCUGGAGCCCCACAUACGAUGUGUCGUCCAUACUCACUUCCAUCCAGUCGUUGCUGGAUGAGCCAAACCCCAACAGCCCGGCCAACAGUCAGGCCGCACAGCUCUAUCAGGAAAACAAGAGGGAGUACGAGAAGAGGGUGACGGCCAUUGUGGAGCAGAGCUGGGUGGACGUCUGAGCUGCUCUCUCUCUACUCCCUCCUCUCUUCAUUAUCCCAGUACUUCAGUCUUUCAUUUUUACCUCAUCAAGAAAAAAACAGCAACUAUAUCUAAAGAACUCAAGUGCCACCCUGAAAAAAAAACACAUCCAGAGAACAACCAAACCACAAUGGACAUUAACCUGCUUGCCAAUACAUUUGAGGAAAACAGGGGAGGGUAAAUCAAUCUUAUCUUUGUGUUUCUUGUACUUAAUUUUACUUUUUUAUUGCAUGAUGUGAAAUAAGUUAUUGCUAACAGAAUUUGUAAUAUAUCUUUGUUGUUUUGGUUGGAUUGAUGCUGUUAGUGUUUGAGUUUUACAGAUUUCUUUUUUUUUUUUCCUUUUGGAAAUGUUCCUUUUUUGUAAUGUCUGCUGGUGUGCACACAACUUGGCUGUUUGGAAAAGGCAGGUUGAUGACCAAACAAGCAUAUUUUAAAAAAUUACAACCGAGAAACGCCUUUCAGAAUUUGUAUCACUGUUACUCUCCAAGUCAGCCGCAGAUGCAGCUUAUGGAGAACAAUCCUUGAUCUUUUCCAGCAUAUCGCUGUUAUUUUAAGAGACACUGUAGGUUUGGGCUCACAGACGUCACAGGCUGCAACAGCGCCAAGUCUCCCUUGCAUUGAUGAAUCAUGACUCCCUGGCUCGGCAGCUCGGAGCUUCUACUCAAAUAAUUUCUGAACCAAGGUAGUCAAUUAUGUUAGUGUUACGAGAAGGUAAAUAUUUUAGCACCAUGAUGGGACAGGAUAAACUUGGGCUGUGGAUUACAAAGUGAAGUUGAAUGGAAUGUGGGGAAUCCGGACUGAGCCAAUGAAAUACUGGAUUCAAUGCAAUCAACAUUUCAUUUUCUUUAAGUCUGCUUAGUGAGUCAGUCGUUCCACUGUGGCCCUUUUUGUCAUUGUCUUUUAAAUGUUAUUAAGCAUAGGAGCUUCGGAGCUCAGUUCAGCAGGAUUUUUACUUGAAGAUUUUCUUGAAUGGUGGUGCUUUUUUAAAAAUCAUGGUGCAUUCGUGGCUAACGAAGCUUGAACGACUGGCAGCAAAUGGAAAGCUGUGAAGGUUAAAGGCAACAAUCAACAGGAAGUUGGUUAAAAGAACACGAGUUUCAUAAACAUUUUCUCUGUUCGAUUCUGCUCAUUUUCUGUACGUGUUUAUUCAUUAUCAUAGGUCAUUAUUUACAAAACUAGCAGAUAAAUGCAGAACUACUCUCCUGACAGCUCAUCUUAGAUGUGCGCCCACAUGGUUUUCCAGUUUCAUCCGCCACAAAAGCAAAAUUACUUUUAAAUGCUUUGUUGCCUGUGACGUGUGUCCGCGUGAAGUCUGCGCUUUUGAUCCUUCUCUUAAAAUGACACAGCUGACAUAUAAUUAAACAAAUGAGCAGAGGAUAAAAGCACUGCAGCCCAGUGCAAAGUCUUUUUUUGUUGCUCUAAAUGAAAACAGUUAAUAAGAGGAUUGACAGCCAGCUGCUGCAGGAUAGACCACACUCACAUGCAGUUUUUACAGUGUGACAUCAACUGUUUCCCAAAGGCUUAAGUUGUUUUCAUGCCUCCAUUUGUCUCCUAUUUUAUUUGUAUGUGACACCCAAUUAAAAGACCACUUGAGUAUAAAUAUGACUUAACGUGCCCAACUCCAGCUAAAUAAUCCAUGUAAGACAGUCAUCAUAAAACAGAGGUCCUGUUCUCAAAGACAGUAAAAGGUCAUAUCAUGGCUAGCGACUUAUUUCAUUUAAAAAGCAGAAGGGAUAUGUUAUGAAGAUUUUGUGAAUUAAACAAAAAAAAUGUAUACUUAUAACAAUAUGCUGUAUAAACAUAAUAAAACACAUUUUUCAGAGUUUGA